GCGGUCCAAAUUUGUUUCAACCAAUUAUAGAAAAAUCUCGAUCCAGGCAUGCUCUCAGGUUGGCCCCAUACAAUCCGUGGAACAGCUUUAGGAUCCACUGCCUUGGUGGCAAGAGCUUUGAUAGAGAAUACUCAUCUGAUCAAAUGGAGUCUUGUACUCAAGGCACUUUCAGGUCUUCUUGCUCUUAUAUGUGGGAAUGGUUAUAUAGUCGGCAUCAAUCAGAUCUACGACAUUGGUAUCGACAAAGUGAACAAACCAUAUUUGCCAAUAGCAGCAGGAGAUCUAUCAGUGCAGUCUGCCUGGUUGUUAGUGAUAUUUUUUGCGAUAGCAGGGCUUUUAGUUGUCGGAUUUAACUUUGGUCCAUUCAUUACAAGCCUAUACUCUCUUGGCCUUUUUCUGGGAACCAUCUAUUCUGUUCCACCGCUUAGAAUGAAAAGAUUCCCAAUUGCAGCAUUUCUUAUUAUUGCCACGGUACGAGGUUUCCUUCUUAACUUUGGUGUGUACCAUGCUACAAGAGCUGCUCUUGGACUUCCAUUUCAGUGGAGUGCCCCUGUGGCGUUCAUCACAUCUUUUGUGACACUGUUUGCACUGGUCAUUGCUAUUACAAAAGAUCUUCCUGAUGUUGAAGGAGAUCGCAAGUUCCAAAUAUCAACCUUGGCAACAAAACUUGGAGUGAGAAACAUUGCAUUCCUCGGUUCUGGACUUCUGCUAGUGAACUAUGUUUCUGCCAUAUCACUAGCUUUCUACAUGCCUCAGGUUUUCAGAGGUAGCUUGAUGAUUCCUGCACAUGUGAUCUUGGCUUCGUGCUUAAUUUUCCAGACAUGGGUACUAGAAAAAGCAAACUACACCAAGGAAGCUAUCUCAGGAUAUUACCGGUUUAUAUGGAAUCUCUUCUACGCAGAGUAUCUGUUAUUUCCCUUCCUCUAGCUUUCAUGGUGAGGAUAUGCAGUUUUCUUUGUAUAUCAUUCUUCUUCUUCUCCUUCGUUGUAGCUUGGAGUCGAAAUCUCUUCGUUCAUGUACAUACAGGGAUAUGUCCUUUUGAACUUUUUUAUCUUGCAAUAAAAAUGCUUGUACCAA